CCAUCCCGGUUUGCUCAUUCUCUCGCCCUCUCGCUUCCCCUGCGGUCUCUCGCUCUGCGCGCACACACCACACACACGCACACGCACACACACGCGCGCGCACACACACGCAGCCGGCACAGGCGGCGGCGGCGGCGGCUGCCCAAGUCAGGACGAACCUCUCUAGGUACCGUCUUGAGAAGGCGGCAGCGGCAGCGGCAGCGGCGGCAGCCCAAGCAUCCCUCCUCAGCCGGAGAGGGAGCAUCGCCGAGAGUUUCCGUUCCCUUCGCCGUUUCCUUCCCCCUCCUUUUCUUGAUUUUCGAGAGAAUUUCUUCUUCGCUUAUUGGUUUAAUUUGAUUUUGAACAUUUUUGGUUGCUUUUUUGUGUGUGCUUUUUCUCCCCUUUCCUCAUUUUAUUUGCAUCCAGAGCAUGGCGGGCUGCGGGCUGUCGGAAGAUACCUUCUUCUCUUCCUUCUUUUACAACUACGGCUCCUCCUGGGAAACCCCUUCCAGCCAGGUUUUUUGCGAAAAUCAGUGAACUAAUAUUGGUAGAAUUGGAGCCCCAUGGAUGAAGGGUACUUUUGUGCUGCUUUGGUUGGUGAAGACCAGCCUCUUUGUCCAGAUCUUCCUGAACUUGACCUCUCUGAACUAGACGUGAACGACUUGGAUACUGAUAGUUUUCUGGGUGGACUCAAGUGGUGCAGUGACCAAUCAGAAAUAAUAUCCAAUCAGUACAACAAUGAGCCUUCAAACAUAUUUGAGAAGAUAGAUGAAGAGAAUGAGGCGAACUUGCUAGCAGUCCUCACAGAGACCCUGGACAGUCUCCCUGUGGAUGAAGACGGAUUGCCCUCAUUUGAUGCACUGACAGAUGGAGAUGUGACCACUGAGAAUGAGGCUAGUCCUUCCUCCAUGCCUGACGGCACCCCUCCGCCUCAGGAGGCAGAAGAGCCGUCUCUACUCAAGAAGCUCUUACUGGCGCCGGCCAACACUCAGCUAAGUUAUAAUGAAUGCAGUGGUCUCAGUACCCAGAAUCAUGCAAACCAUAAUCACAGGAUCAGAACAAACCCCUCCGUUGUUAAGACCGAGAAUUCAUGGAGCAAUAAAGCAAAGAGCAUUUGUCAACAGCAAAAGCCACAAAGACGUCCCUGCUCCGAACUUCUCAAGUAUCUGACCACAAACGAUGACCCUCCUCACACUAAACCCACAGAGACCAGGAACAGCAGCAGAGACAAAUGCACCUCCAAAAAGAAGUCCCACACACAAUCGCAGUCGCAACAUUUACAAGCCAAACCAACAACUUUAUCUCUUCCUCUGACCCCAGAGUCACCAAAUGACCCCAAGGGUUCCCCAUUUGAGAACAAGACUAUUGAACGAACCUUAAGUGUGGAACUCUCUGGAACUGCAGGCCUAACUCCACCCACAACUCCUCCUCAUAAAGCCAACCAAGACAACCCUUUCAGGGCUUCUCCAAAGCUGAAGUCCUCUUGCAAGACUGUGGUACCUCCGCCAUCAAAGAAGCCCCGGUACAGCGAGUCUCCUGGUACCCAAGGCACUAACUCCACCAAGAAAGGGCCUGAGCAGUCUGAGUUGUAUGCACAGCUCAGCAAGACCUCAGUGCUCCCCGGUGGACACGAGGAAAGGAAGGCCAAGCGGCCCAGUCUACGGCUCUUUGGUGACCAUGACUACUGUCAGUCAAUCAAUUCCAAAACGGAAAUACUCAUUAAUAUAUCACAGGAGCUUCAAGACUCUAGACAACUAGAAUAUAAAGAUGCUUCCUCCAGUUGGCAGGGGCAGAUUUGCUCUUCCACAGAUUCAGACAAGUGCUACAUGAGAGAGACUUCGGAGGCGAGCAAGCAGGUCUCUCCUUGCAGCACCAGAAAACAGCUCCAGGACCAGGAAAUCCGAGCCGAGCUCAACAAGCACUUCGGUCAUCCCAGUCAAGCUGUUUUUGAUGACAAAGUAGACAAGACCAGUAAACUGAGGGACAGUGAUUUCAGUAAUGAACAGUUCUCCAAACUACCUAUGUUUAUAAAUUCAGGACUAGCCAUGGAUGGCCUGUUUGAUGACAGCGAAGAUGAAAGUGAUAAACUGAACUACCCUUGGGAUGGCACACAAUCCUAUUCAUUGUUCGAUGUGUCGCCUUCCUGCUCCUCUUUUAACUCUCCAUGUAGAGAUUCCGUGUCACCACCCAAAUCCUUAUUUUCUCAAAGACCCCAAAGGAUGCGCUCUCGUUCAAGGUCGUUCUCUCGACACAGGUCGUGUUCCCGAUCACCAUAUUCCAGGUCAAGAUCAAGGUCCCCAGGCAGUAGAUCCUCUUCGAGAUCUUGCUACUACUAUGAGUCAAGCCACUGCAGGCACCGCACACACCGAAAUUCUCCCCUGUGCUCAAGAUCACGUUCAAGAUCGCCCUACAGCCGUAGGCCCAGGUAUGACAGCUACGAGGAAUAUCAGCACGAAAGGCUGAAGAGGGAAGAAUACCGCAGAGAGUAUGAGAAACGGGAAUCUGAGAGGGCCAAACAAAGGGAGAGGCAGAGGCAGAAGGCAAUUGAAGAACGCCGUGUGAUUUAUGUUGGUAAAAUCAGACCUGACACGACACGGACAGAACUGAGGGACCGUUUUGAAGUUUUUGGUGAAAUUGAGGAGUGCACAGUAAAUCUGCGGGAUGAUGGAGACAGCUAUGGUUUCAUUACCUACCGUUAUACCUGUGAUGCUUUUGCUGCUCUUGAAAAUGGAUACACUUUGCGCAGGUCGAAUGAAACUGACUUCGAGCUGUACUUUUGUGGACGCAAGCAAUUUUUCAAGUCUAACUAUGCAGACCUAGAUUCAAACUCAGAUGACUUUGACCCUUCUUCCACCAAGAGCAAGUACGACUCUCUGGAUUUCGAUAGUUUACUGAAAGAAGCUCAGAGAAGCUUCCGCAGGUAACAUGCUCCCUGGCUGAGGAUGACAGAGGGACGGUGAAUACCUCACGGGACAGACAGCGCGUCCUUCCCUAACAGACUAUUGCAAGUCAUACUUAGGAAUUUCUCCUACUUUACACUCUGUACAAAAGAAAAAACAAAAACACAAAACAACAACAAUACAAUGAGAACAACAAUGGUUUACAUGAACACAGCUGCUGAAGAGGCAAGAGAGAGAAUGGAUAUCCAGUAAGCACAUGUUUAUUCAUGGGUGUCAGUUUUGCUUUCCCUGGAGUCUCUUGGUGAUGGUGAUGGUGUGUGUGUGUGUGUGUGUGUGUGUGUGUGUGCGCGCGCGUGCGUGUAUGUGUGUGCGUGUGUGUGUAUGUGUGUGUGUGUGUGCAUGUAUGUGUGUGUGUGUGUGCAUGCCUGGUUUGGGGGAAGUAUGUAUGUCCAGAUGGGGACUGGGGGUUCCUGACCAGAGUGUGCCAGAGCAAACCACUUCAAAUGGCAGCAGUUCCAUGAAGACACACGUAAAACCUAGAACUUCAAAAUGUUCGUAUUCUAUUCAAAAGGAAAAAAAUGCAUAAAUUCAAAAGGAAAGAAAACUAACCAACCAACCACAAACCACCCUAAAAUGACAGCCGCUGAUGUCUGGGCAUCAGCCUCCGUACUCUGUUUUUUAAGAAAGUGCAAAAUCAACUUGAAGCAAGCUUUCUCUCAUAACGUAAUGAUUAUAUGACAAUCCUGAGGAAACCACGGGUUCCGUAGAACUAAUAUCCUUUCUCUCUCUCUCUCUCUCUCUCUCUCUCUCUCUCUCUCUCUCUCUCUCUCUCUCUCUCUCUCUCUCUUCUUUUUUUCUUUUUUUCCUUUUGCCAUGGAAUCUGGGUGGGAGAGGAUACUGCAGGCACCAGAAUGCUAAACUUUCCUAACAUUUUGAAGUUUCUGUCAUUCGUCCUUUAUCCUGACACCCAUGUAAAUGUCCAAAAUGUUGAUCUUCCACUGCAAAUUUCAAAAGCCUUGUCAAUGGUCACGCGUGCAGCUUGUUCAGUGGUUCUUUCUGAGAAGCGGGCACGGUGUUACAUAUUGAAUGAGAGUUGGGUAGAACUCUCCCGGAUGUGUGCAGAUAGUGUAACUGCUACAUUCUCUGAUGUAGUUAAGUAUUUACAGAUGUUAAAUGGAGUAUUUUUAUUUUGUGUACAUAGUAUACAACAAGGUUCUUUUUUUGUUACAGCUAUGCACUGUAAAUGCAGCCUUCUUUUCAAAACUGCUGAAUUUUUCUUAAUCGAGAAUAUUCAAAUGUAAUUAUGAGGUGAAACAAUUAUUGUACACUAACCUAUUUAGAAGCUGAACUUACUGCUUAUAUAUAUUUGAUUGUAAAAAAAAACAAACAAAAAAAAGACAGUGUGUGUUUCCAUUGAGUGCAGCAACAACAAAAUGAUGCUUUACGCACAUCCAUCCUUUCGUAGGUGAGCUUCGAUCUAAGCAUCUUGUCAAGAAAUAUCCUAGCCCUCUAAAGGUAUUAACCACUUCUGCGAUAUUUUUCCACAUUCUCUUGUUGCUUGUUUUUCUUUGAAGUUUUAUACACUGGAUUUGUUAGGGGAAUGAAAAUUUUCUCAUCUAAAAUUUUUCUAGACGAUAUCAUGAUUUUAUGUAAAGUCUCAAUGGGUAACCAUUAAGAAAUGUUUUUAUUUUCUCUAUCAACAGUAGUUUUGAAACUAGAGGUCAAAAAUCUUUUUAAAAUGCUGUUUUGUUUUAAUUUUUGUGAUUUUAAUUUGAUACAAAAUGCUGAGGUAAUAAUUACAGUAUGAUUUUUACAAUAAUUAAUGUGUGUCUGGAGACUAUCCUUGAAGCCAGUAUCUUUCCCUUGGCAGAGUAUGAUGAUGGUAUUUAUCUGUAUUUUUUACAGUUAUGCAUCCUGUAUAAAUACUGAUAUCUCAUUCCUUUGUUUACUAAAGAGACAUAUUUAUCAGUUGCAGAUAGCCUAUUUAUUAUAAAUUAUGAGAUGACGAAAAUUAUAAAGCCAGUGGAAAUUUUCUACCUAGGAUGCAUGGCACUUGUCAGGGUGGAGUUUCAGUGUCUCAUUUGGGAAAUUCAGCUUUUGCAGAAGCAGUGUUUCUACUUGCACUAGCAUGGCCUCUGACGUGACCAUGAUGUUGUUCUUGAUGACAUUGCUUCUGCUCAAUUCAAUAAAAACAAACAAACAAACAAAAAAACUUCAGAAAAACCUCCAUUUUGAGCAUCAGGAUUUCAUCUGAGUGUGGAGCCCCUGGAAUGGAUCUCAGUACAGUUUGGAGUGUGUAUUCCAGUUGCUAAAUUGAGAUUUGAUUACAGUUUGGCUGACAUGACUUUUCUCGAAGACAUGCUAUACCUACUCCUUAAUCGUUCUUUUUCUUUCUCUCGCCCAACACGAUCUUAUAAAGCGGAUCUCACCCCCAGGCCAAAUGCAGCUAAUUUUGGUAGCUGCAUUCAUUUAUCACCAGCAUAUUGUGUUCUGAGUGAAUCCACUGUCUGUCCUGUCGGAUGCUUGCUUGAUUUUUUGGCUUUUUAUUUCUAAGUAGAUAGAAAGCAAUAAAAAAAUACUACGAAAUACAAGAACUUGUUCACAGGUUCUGCGUUACAACAGUAACACAUCUUUAAUCCGCCUAAUUCUUGUUGUUCUGUAGGUUAAAUGCAGGUAUUUUAACUCUGUGUGAACGCCAAACUAAAGUUUACAGUCUUUCUUUCUGAAUUUUGAGUAUCUUCUGUUGUAGAAUAAUAAUAAUAAUAAUAAUGAUAAUAAUAAAAAAAGACUAUUAAGAGCAAUAAAUUAUUUUUAAGAAAUCAAUAUUUAGUAAAUCAUAUUAUGUGUUCAAGGACCAGAAGCGUUCUCUAUUUUGCCUUUAAAUUUUUGUGAUCCAAUUUUAAAUACAUUCUCCUUUCUGCCCUGGAUUGUUGACAUGAGUAAAAAUACUUGGUUUCUUUUCUUACUUAUCAAAAGACAGCACUACAGAUUUCAUGUUGAGGAUUAACUUAUUCCCCCUCUGGCCUGACAAAUAUUGUUACCAUAAAGACAGCUUUGUUGUUGUUGUUUUUUUCCCCAUGGACUUCAAAUUGCAUCUAAAAUUAGUGCAAAGAGAGAAUCACUAAACCAUCCGAAUAGCGCUUUUGUAUCUUAUGCAGACACUGUGGGUAGCCCAUCAAAAUGUAAACUGUAUUCCUUUUAUUUUUAAAUUUUUUUUUGGAGAGAAUAUUUCAAAUGAACACAUGCACCCCAUCAUCACUGGAGGCAAAUUUCAGCAUAGAUCUCUAGCAUUUUUAGAUGACUGUGGGACAUUGCCUUCAUGCUGUGGUAAGUACCACAUCUACGAUUUUGGUAACCGAACUGGUGCUUUAGAAAUGUGGGCUUUUUUUUUUCCUUUUUUUAAAGAGAUGUAGCAGAAUAAUUCUUCCAGUGCAACAAGAUUGAUUUUUGCUAAACGACUCCGAGAAAGCAACGGUUGGGCUGUCAACAUUCAAAGCAGCAGAGAGGGAACUUUGCACUAUUGGGGUAUGAUGGUUGGGUCAGUUGAAAAAAGGAAACCUUUUCAUGCCUUUAGAUGUGAGCUUACAGUAGGUAAUGAUUAUGUGUCCUUUUUGAUGGCUGUAACGAGAACUUCAAUCACUGUAGUCUAAGACCUGAUCUAUAGAUGACCUAGAAUAGCCAUGUAAUAUAAUGUGAUGAUUCUAAAUUUGUACCUAUGUGACAGACAUUUUCAAUAAUGUGAACUGCUGAUUCGAUGGAGCUACUUUAAGAUUUGUAGGUGAAAGUGUAAUACUGUUGGUUGAACUAUGCUGAAGAGGGAAAGUGAGCGAUUAGUUGAGCCCUCGCCGGGCUUUUUUUUUCCACCUGCCAAUUCUACAUGUAUUGUUGUGGUUUUAUUCAUUGUAUGAAAAUUCCUGUGAUUUUUUUUUUAAAUGUGCAGUACACAUCAGCCUCACUGAGCUAAUAAAGGGAAACGAAUGUUUCAAA